AUGCCAAGCCGGGCCUCGGAAGCAGCUGCUGCAGGCAGCAGCAGCGCCAGCAGGAGCAGCAGCGCCAGCAGCAGCAGCAGCAGCAGCAGCAGCAGCAGCAGCAGCAGCAGGAAGAUUUGUUUGUUUGUUGAUGAUAUGAGGAUGGCGUUGCAGCCAAUCCUUUUAUGUGUGGGGCGUGGUUUACGAGGUGGAUAUGUAUGGGUGCUGCUGCUGCUGCUGCUGCUGCAGCAGCAGGUGCUGCAGCAGGAGCAGCACGAAGUUGCUGCACAAGUGUUAGGCAUAGAUUUAGGAUCCGAAUUUAUUAAAGCUGCUGUUGUUGCUCCGGGUAAAGCAGCAGAAGAAAUAGGGUAUAUAGGAGAUGAAGGAGAUAAAGAUAAAGAGAAUGAAGCAGCAACAACACCUUCUGCUGCAGUUGCUGCUGCAGCAGCAGCAGCAGCAGCAACAGGGCACUGCAACAACGGGUUUGUCUCUAGCGGUGCAGCAGCAGGAGUGCAGCACGCCUUAGAUAAAUAUGAUGCAGCAGCAGCAGCAGCAGCAGCAGCUAAAACAGCAACUGCAACAUCAACUGCAGCAGCAGCAGAUAAUGCUGCUGCAGCAGAUGCAGAAGUUGUUAAGAUGAUACUCAAUGUUGGCAGCAGCACAGUAGACGCAGCUGUUCUCUCUUUUAAAACAGGAAGCAGCAGCAGCAGCAGCAGCAGCAGCAGCAACGGGAAGCAGCAGGGAGUGCCUCAGGUGUCUGUUAUUAGCUGCAGCAGCAGCGCAGCAGGAGGAGGACGCGCUGUUGAUGUGCUGGUAGCAGAAGCCCUUCGCCAGGGAUUUGAAGCGGAGAAUAAGGGUUUUGAGUUGUCUGCUUCUCCUCGGGCUUUGAAGAAGCUGGAGAUCCGUGCUGCAGCAGCAAAGAAGGUGUUAAGCACUAAUCGUGUUGCUGCUGUCUCUAUAGAGGGUUUCUUUAAACAAAAAGACUUGAAGAGACAGCUGCAGCGAGAAGACCUUGAAGCUAUGCUAGAGAAGAGCAGUCUCCUUGAGCAGCUACGCCAAACAGCAACAGCAGCAGCAACAGCAGCAGCAGCAGCAACAGCAGCAGCAGCAGAACCAGAACCAGCAGCAAAGUCAGACUCAGACUCAGACCCAGCAGCAGAAUCAGCAGCAUCAGCAGCAGCAGCAGCAGCAGCAAUGAAGGGUAUUGAAGCUAUUGAGCUUGUCGGAGGAGGCUGGAGAGUGCCGCGAGUGCUGCUAGAGAUCCAGAACUUAAAAGGAGACAAAGAGUCUAUUCAAACGCUGCUGAACGGCGACGAAGCAAUGACGACAGGUGCUGCUUUUGUUGCUGCUAAUUCAACAGCAACAUUUAGAGUGAGGAAGCUGCUGCUGAAGGACGGGGCGCCACAGACCUACACCCUACGCUUCCUAGACAUACAAGACCCAGACAAGCAACAGCAGCAGCAGCAGCAGCAGCAGCAGGAAGAGCAGCACUAUGAAAAGGUGCUUAUUAAACCUUAUGCAAGGCUCGGAGGCAGCAAGAAGGUUUUAAUUAAAGCUGAGAAAGAUUUUACUGUGCAGCUUCUAGAAGACAGUAAUGUUCUUUCGACGCAUUCUAUUUCAGGUGUACAGGCAGCUCAGGAGCAGCUGCAGCAGCAGCUGCAGCAGCAGCAGCAGCAGCAGCAACUGCAGCAGCAGGAAGGAGACGAAGAUGCAACAAAAGCAGAGCUUAUCUUCUCAGUUGAUGCUGCUGGAGUUAUUGAAUUAAAGACAGCAGCGCUUGUACGUGAACGCGUAGCAUACACUGAAGACAGCGAGAAGCAAACACCUGCUGCUGCUGCAGCAGGAGAAGCAGCAGGAGAAGCAGCAGCAGAAGGAGAAGCAGCAGACAAGGAAGAGAAGUGCAAGGACCCCAAAGACCCUGCUUGCGCUGCAGGAACCGCAGGCAGCAGCGACAGCAGCAGCAGCAGCAGCAGCAGCGACAGCAGCAGCAGCGACAGCAGCAGCAGCGACAGCAGCAGCAGCAGCAACGGAGACAGCAGCAAGAAGAGGAAGCGAGUGGUGUUGACAGCUCGCAAAUCUUUAUCUGUAAGCAGCAAGGAGUCUCUGCCAGUCCCUCUAUCUGCUGCAGAAAGGAGACAGUUGAAAGAGCUGCUGCUGCAGCAGGAAGAGAAGGACAGAGAAGCGCAGCUGCUGCAUGAAGCAUUAAAUAAUUUAGAAGCUUUUAUUUAUAAAGCAAGGGGUAGUAUAAGAGACGGCUCUCUUGAUGAAGUAACGGAUGAGACGUUCCGAGAGCAGCUGCUGCAGCAGCUGCAGCAGGAUGAAGAUUGGGUGUACGGCGAUGCUGCAGCAGCAGGUCGUGCUGCAGUUGAGCAAAAGCUUGACACACUUAAAGAUACACUUGAGCCUGCUUACUUCAGAGCAAGAGAGUUAAAUGUUAGAGAGAGCCUGCAGCAAAAGACAGACCAGCUGCUGCUAGAUGCUGCAGCAAGGCUUGAUCAGUUUGCUUCGCUACGCCCGUGGCUGCCUAAGGAUAAGAUUUCAAGUGUACGUACAGCUCGAAAUCAGCUGCUGCAGUGGUGGGAGGAUAUUAAGCAGCAGCAGCAGCAGCGAUCGCUGCUGCUAGCACCUCUAUACACUGAAGCAGAAGUGCUGCAGCGGCUUAAAGAGCUUCAAAGUAAAUUAAAAUCCUUAGAAGCAAUACCUAAACCCACUACAACUACGACUACAUCAAACCCUAAGAAAGAAGAAAAGAAAGAGGGUGAUGAGCAGCAGCAGCAGCAGGAGCAGGAGGGAGAGCAGCAGCAGCAGCAGCAGCAGCAGCAGCAGCAGGAGGAAGAGAAGCAGGAGCAGCAGCAAGAAGCAGAGACUGGCCAGCAAGGAGACACACAAACAGACGAGGAGAAGCAGGGCGAUGCAGCAGCAGCAAACGAAAAUGAAAAGAGAGACGAGCUAUGA